UGCGCCGUCGCUAGGCAACAGGGCACAGCUCCGGGCGCCGGCGUAGAAUCUGAGCUGCAGGAAGGAGGAGAAGAAAUGUGGUCAGAAGAUGAGGAAUGAGGUGGUCCAUAAAGUGAGUCUGCAGAUCAGCUUGGAAAAGAGAGGCAGCCCUGGGGUCUAUCUCCAUGCCUGGUCCUGACUGGUCUUGGCUACCUGGAUUUAUUCUGGUCUUAACUGCUCUGUGAACUUCUGGAAACUCCCAUUCCUGUCUUGGGCUCACACAUAGCUCCCAGAGAAAACACAGUGAAGUACUGACAGUAGAAACGAUAUGAUGUCUGAGUUCAGCUCCAGCAAAACAGGUCUCUGAGGAUCCCCGGGUGGAAACUCCUCCCGGGAGUAAAACCACACAACCACUGAGAAGACCGCUCCGGCAUCCUAGAGAGGACGCGUGUGAGCCUGGGUGCAAGGCCAAAGUAGUGACGCACUUCCGUUCAGGCACCGCUUUCUGUUUUUCCUGAGCCUUUGCCUGCUAAGAGGGAGACCAGGUCAUGGCAGCCAUGCCUCUGAAAGCUCAAUACCAGGAGAUGGUGACCUUCGAGGAUGUGGCUGUGCACUUCACCAAGACAGAAUGGACUGGCCUUUCUCCUGCCCAGAGGGCCCUGUACAGAAGUGUGAUGUUGGAGAAUUUUGGGAACCUGACUGCUUUGGGGUACCCAGUUCCCAAACCUGCACUGAUCUCACUUUUGGAGGGAGGGGACAUGGCUUGGGGCCUGGAAGCACAGGAUGAUCCCCCAGCAGAGAGGACCAAAAACGUCUGUAAAGAUGUUGAGACCAACAUUGACAGUGAGUCCACAUUAAUCCGGGGAAUUUCUGAAGAAAGAGAUGGGAUGAUGUCACAUGGUCAGCUGAAGAGUGUCCCUCAGAGAACUGUCUUCCCAGAAACACGUAAUGUGGAAAAGCACCAGGACAUCCCCACAGUGAAAAAUAUCCGAGGAAAGGUUCCAAGAAUCCCCUGUGCAAGGAAACCUUUCAUAUGUGAGGAGUGUGGGAAAUCCUUCAGCUACUUUUCUUACUAUGCUAGACACCAGAGAAUCCACACUGGGGAGAAACCCUUUGAGUGUAGUGAGUGUGGAAAAGCCUUUAAUGGUAAUUCUUCGUUAAUUCGGCACCAGAGGAUUCACACUGGAGAGAGACCCUAUCAGUGUGAGGAGUGUGGGCGAGCCUUUAAUGAUAAUGCAAAUCUGAUCAGGCAUCAGAGAAUCCACAGUGGGGACAGACCCUAUUACUGUACAGAGUGUGGGAAUAGUUUCACCAGUAGUUCCGAGUUUGUUAUACAUCAGAGAAUCCACACUGGGGAGAAACCCUAUGAGUGUAAUGAGUGUGGCAAAGCUUUUGUUGGUAAUUCACCCCUACUUCGGCAUCAGAAAAUCCACACUGGAGAGAAACCCUAUGAGUGUAAUGAGUGUGGCAAAAGCUUUGGAAGGACUUCCCAUCUAAGCCAACAUCAGCGUAUUCACACAGGGGAAAAGCCUUAUUCUUGUAAAGUAUGUGGACAAGCCUUCAAUUUUCAUACAAAACUAACUCGGCACCAGAGAAUUCACAGUGAGGAGAAACCCUUUGACUGUGUAGAUUGUGGAAAAGCCUUCAGUGCUCAGGAACAAUUAAAAAGGCAUCUGAGAAUUCAUACUCAGGAGUCUUCCUAUGUAUGUGAUGAGUGUGGAAAAGCCUUCACUAGCAAAAGAAAUCUUCAUCAACAUCAAAGAAUCCAUACUGGAGAGAAACCCUAUGAGUGUAGCAAGUAUGAGAAGGCCUUUGGGACUUCUUCCCAGCUAGGUCACCUUGAGCAUGUCCACUCUGGAGAGAAGCCUGUGCUGGACAUUUGUCGUUUUGGCCUCCCAGAAUUUUUUACCCCCUUUUACUGGUAAUAGUACACUCCAGUGAAAUGUACUGAGUGGAUUCCAUCUUCUACUCAGGAAUGGAAUGUGUGACACAGGCCUGACUCAGCCUCUGAUCCAUCCCUCAAGCCACAGUUAAUGAUUCAGAUGUGAGUAGAUGACCAAAGAUGGUCCAAUUAGAGUCCCAGGAUUGCAAGAGCUAAUAGGAACAAAUACUCUCCCCCCGCCCACCCCCAUUGGUUUUAAUGCUGAGAAGAAGAACUAGACUCUUACAGAGGUGAGAAUGAAGUCCACAUAGCAAAAAUGCAUCUGAGAAUUGGAGAGCAGUAAAAGACUGAAGAUAAUGUUUGAACAGCCACAUACACCAUGCCUGAAGCUAAAAAUAUAUACGGGUUUUUGAAUUGCAGCAGCCAAUAAAUUCCAUUUUUGUUUGGUUGGUUUUGGCUUUGGCACA